AUGUCACGCUGUCACAUGAGCGCAUUGCCGCAGGCAUUGCAAUCAAGUGGGUCUUGGGGCGCCAUGGAGAAAUGGCUCAAGGGAAUGGAGAAGGAGGUGGAUGUGGUGGUGAAAGAUACCUGGGUUGAUCUCACCGCACCACACACAGAAGGGAUGAUUCUCAACUACCUUCGACUGAAAGGCGUCCAGGGUGUUACGUGUUUGCUCUUUGAGGGACUUGUUGUUGGCCCUGCUUCACCCACCUCCACUCUUUCAACUUCACGAUCGUCUGGGCAUCGCACUGUCUACAACCGGUCUUUUUGGGGUGUUCCAACACUGGCCUUGGCACACAAGAGCAUGGCUAGGAGCGUCAACAAAUAUGAUCACAGCCAUCCUGUGCCUGAAGGCGUCACCGUACCAAAGCUGGAACCUGUGACUCGUGAAGUUUACCAGGAGCGGAUGCUCACCCGAUCUUGGUUAUAUCCAUUUUGCGCACCCAUAUACGAAUUCAGCUGUGUCUAUGAGGCAUUAGUUGCGAUUGCGGAUUGCAUCCGAUCACAUGGCCAGGCAUUUUCGCCCUACAUCAUCUCAGAGGGUGGCAAUGAGACCGACGAAUUAUUUCCCAUCUCCUUUAUGCAAGCUGACACAUCCAUGUGGAACAUGGGACUUGUUCGUCCAGCGAUGUCAGACUGGGGUUACAUUGAUCAUACCAGAAUUGAUCCAAGCAAUAUUCGACGCGGCCUGUUGUACGAUCAUGCAUUUGCCUCCUGGAAUACGCGAAGCACAUCUAUGAGAGGAAGACCCCCAUCAAAGAUCUUUGCCAAGCAUGCUGGCACCGCUUUAACGCUGUCCUCCCAAGACGAAGCCCUUCACUUUGACGAUUCUCUGGUUCACCAUCCUGCACAUUCUCCUGCUCAUGCUUCGCUUCUUGUGCACCAGCCGCACCAACAAACGUCUCCCCCCAUCCCACAUUCGGACGCACCUUCAAUGUCAAUAAUCCCUUCUGCACCCCCAACUUCCAUGAUCCCUUCUCAACCAGCUUCAACUGCACCUUCACGUGGAAGACGUGGGAUGGGUAAAGGCAAAGGCAAACAAGGAGGACGAAAGGGCACAGAUGGGAGAAAAAGUACCCCUGGUGCUGUCAAUGCCCCUCCCGAUUCCUCUGCUGCUACAUGCAAGCGCGGUUUUGAUAGCAUUUCUCAAGGCAAGCCGGCUGACGGUCCAUCCAAACGACAAGCUCCCCUUCAUCACGUACCGAAGGUGAACAUCAAGCCCAAGCACGUUGUCCAAAGUCUUCAAGUCGACGUUGCUGGCUACAGCUCUUUGAAUAUCGACGAUGACUUAGAACGAUUCAAGGAAAAGGGUGGCAUUUAUGAGCUGACAGGCACUCGAGCUUGGAUGGCCAUCCAGAUGAUGUUCGCACAACAACCAGGCCAAGAUAACAUCCGACGUGAAAUCGCACAUGAUCUGGAAGGUUAUUAUUAUGUGCUCCUCACCCUCGCAUUCAUGUUUGAUGCACCGUACGGAUUGAAGAAAGUUCCACACCCCGAUACAGCUAGCGGAGGGGAGAUGUGGGUCCAUCGUUGGCUUGAGAACACCAUAGAGAAGGAGAUCUGGCAUGAAGCGGUAGAAAAACAACACUAUCCGGCUACUGAUGCAGGGUUCGGUAUGGUGGACGGAGUGUUGGGUAACGACUGGGCAAAUGAGCCUCACUCCCGCAUGCUCGACAUCAUCAACACUGCACUCUUCAAGCUCCAUACUGAUCGUACAUUGGCCCAUCUCUGCCAGCCUCAACAGAUGACCAACGAGUGGGCCAGGGCGGUAGGCGGUGGUGGAUUUGCCAAACGCUCACAGAUGCUCCCUGCCUUGCGCAUGAAUUUGUUGUACCACAAGGAUCGUCAAAAUGCCGAUCUCAAUCUCUUUGCUCGCAUGCCCUGUCCCCCAGUCCAAGAAUGCAAGCUCACGCCUGGUAACUCGUCACAGUACCUGAAAGGCACCGGUGGAAGACAGCGGAUCGCACUUAAUGUAAUGGCCGCGCCUGUGGUGCUGAAGGAACUUCGGAAGGAAUGGGCAUCUUAG